GGAAGUUUGAACGUUAGAAAUGUUCGUUGUUGUUUACCGUAGAGUUUCCUCAAUUUUUGGUUUCUGAAAUCUCUUUUAAUCGGAAAAGGUGCAAAAAGUCGAUUUUUCCGUCGUUAUCAAUUGUAAAGCAGGCGCUGGAAAGAGUGUUGCAGAAAUCAUGGCCACGGUUAAUGGAAAUGCAAGUCCGUUUCGUCCAAAGUGUAAGUUUUGAAUCAACUAAGCUUAUAUAUAUUGACCUUCACAUGUUUUCUUACAUACGUUUACGAUUCUAAAAUGUAUAAUCGAUACUUUAGAGAUUUUUAAGGAUUUUAAUGGCCAUUUAUUUUAUUGCUUACACGUGAAAAACACUGAAAGUUGAUCGGAAGUUGGAAACCUUUUGAAAUACAUUCUGAUACACGAUUGUUUUCAAGUGUCGAGUUUGCGUAUCAGUCCAUCUGAAAUUUCUUCCGAGAAGGAAACGGAUUUAGGGUUGUUCUCGGUUGAUUACUUCCGAAAUUUGUUAUCUUAUGUACUCACAUAAUGUGUGGAUAAACAGCUUUUGGUGCCGUACGUACACGAAUACAUAUACCCUGCAACUUUAUGAACACCUCUUUUACAUGUGUCGGUAUAUGCUUGGAAGAGCCAAGUCAAUUAGUUCAGUAAAUGAACUCGUUCAAAUAUUUCACUGGGUAGUUUAGUAAAUGGUUUGAAUCCAGAAGUAACAAGUGAUCAUGUAGUCUGAUCGUUUGGGUGAAAGUAGUCCAAGGAAUGCCGUCUUGGUCGUUUUUACAACCUUAGUGGAGUCUCUACUCUCUCACUCAGCGAGAUGCAGUUAGGUAACGGUGUAUUGUAGAUCUUGCCAUGUUUAUCGCUCUCCUAUUGCUAGUGUAUACAAAAUAUGUAGAAAUGAGAGAAGAAUUCAUGCUGUCAUCAAAGCUGAUAAGAGUUCGUCUUUCUCCACGUAACAGUACACAAUGCCAAGAAGUUCCUGUCUCUUCAACUGUCACAAACAAGUCAGGCAAUUUCUGCUGAAUUUAAUCACAUGCUUCGCGGUCAGACUCUAGCCAGAAAGAGGAAAAAGGUCAUCAGUGAGAUUUUUUCCACAGAAAAGACCUAUCAGGAUCAUUUGCAUGCCAUAACAUCAGUAAGUUAAGGAUGAAUUCAAAACCUGUACUCUUAGAGGUAGCCUUCAAGCAGGUCAUUAUUUUUUGUUUGGGAGGAUGUGGGCUGAGGCACAAGUGUUUCUUCACCUGCAAGUAAGUUUGAGGCCUUGAUAAUGAGUGUCAGAUUCCCUUGCAGACCUCUGACCAGCUUGCCUUGCUCAAUGCCUCAAACUUCCUCACAGUGAAGAGACACUUGUGUUGUGGCACUUUGAGAGGAAUCAAUGUGUUCCUGAAGGCUCUUGUCACAGAGCAAUUCUUACUUGUCAGAUUUUUUUGUUUGUUUUUUUUAAUGGAUCCUCAGCUCUUACAGAUUUUUUCCUCCAUCCAUGAGUAUAAAUAGGUAGUAUCAAACUGUACCUUUUAUUGGACUACUAAUCUUGUGGCAGGCUAUUCUGGAGGGAUAGUAAUAGGACCAUAAGGCUUACUUUAUGAUGGUAAUAGGACCAAGUGGAGUCCAAUUCAGUCUGUAUGUAAUAACAAAUUGGGAUAUGCACUGUGAAGCAGGAGUCUGAUUUGUUAAUCACAAGUAUGAAUACAGGCAGAAUUGGAUAACACAAAGCCCUUUUACCAAUUAAUCAAAACUACUACAUGAUAAAAUUUGAGAAAGAAUGAGAUAUAAGUCAUAUGUUUUCGUAAAAAAAAAACAACAGUUUACUCAGCAAAAUACACACUAACGGCGUGUGCGCAUGACGCAUACUGUCCAUUUACUCAGGCAUGAUGUGUUAACUGUCCCAUAACACUGUCCAAUUACAAGCAAGAUAUGUACACUGUCCCUAUUAGUGCUCAAAUUGGGCUGGUGAUAACCAAUCACAGUCAAGAAUUUUGUUAUGGUUUUGAUUAAGUCUUUAAUUCUUAAUGUACUUCAUAUAAAUCAAUUAGACACACUCUAUAUUAUUGGGUAAGUGAUCAAUCUCAUCCUGUCAUAAAUUGAAAUUCCAGCAAUUUCUUGCACCGCUGCAAGUUGCAAGCAUCUUGCCACCAAAUGUACUCAACACAAUCUUCUCGAAUGUGGAGUCAAUUCAAGCAGUGAACAGGGAGCUCUUGAGUCAUAUGGAAACAUCAGGCCUUGGAGAUGCCUUUUUAGCCUUAGCACCAUUCAUUAAACUUUACAGCACCUAUGCCAACAACUUUGCUAAAGCACAGGCUACCCUGCAGGUAAAUGAAAAAACAUAAGCAGACUAGUAGACAUAAAUCCUCUAACUCCUAGGAGUGACUAGCACUGGAUUUCUUCUUUCAAUAUCACCCUUGAAUCAAAUAUUAAAUUCACAAGGGUAAAGGAAAUGAUUGCCAAUGAAAGAAAAUCUUGACUGUUAAACAAAUUCUCUAUGUCAGCACCUUAGGAAAUGUAUAUUAACCCUUUAACUACCAAGAUCUGAUUGUUAAUUCUCCCCUCUAGCUACUACACAUUUCCUUGUAAAUUAGUUAUGAGAACUUGGUGCUAGAUCAAGAUAGCAGCUUCUACCUGAUAAGUUUGAAUAUUCUCAUUACCUGUUUGCUGAAGAAUGUAUGGAUACUGUAGGGAGAAGUUUUAUGUUAAUCACUUCUGGGAGAUAAAGGGUUAAAGAACAGUAUGGAUAAUAUGCUUACUGAUGUUAGGGUGUAUAGAGUUAAAAUUGCACUUUUGAAUUUUUCUGUUAGCUGCAAAUCUAUAAAUCAGACUUUUUAGCAACCAAAUCAUUCCAUCUGGCAACUGAAACACAAAUGUGUUGUUAUAUUAAGCCACUCUGCACCCAUUUAGAAAAGUCAAGUUUAGACCCUGAUUCUCUUGUUGAGCUAAUGGUAACUGGGCAAACUCCAUAAUUAUUUCCUGUGCAAAAUUAUAUCAGACGACCUGUUGAUUUUUGUGUUUUUAUGUAUUUUGUUCUUUAGGAGUGGGAAAAAAAGAGUGAGGAGUUUGUAAAUUUUAAGAAAGCGCAAGAAAUGCAUGAGGAAUGUAAGGGACUGAAUCUAGGAGCAUUGCUGAUAACUCCAGUGCAACGAGUUCCAAGGUUGGGAUACAUACACUUUUGUCCCAAGUUUCCAACUCCACUAUGCAUUAUAGCAACUUGCAGUACUGUUUUUUUUUAAUUUUUUAAGGGAGCAGUGGCAAGCUUAACAAGUGGCUUGUGAACUUCAAGUGCAUCCAGUUUCCUAAUGCACCGAUUACAUGUUUCUAUAUUAUAAGAUAAUUCAGUUUAAGCAACUGAGUUGAUAAUCUAAAUUGACCACUGUAAAGAGUUCCUCAAGCUGAUGUUUUGAGCAUUUUGUCAGCUUUAGGAAUUCUUUAUGGUGGCCAAUUUUUAUUAUCAACUCAAUUAAGAUAAUUAAAUUGUCUCGUAAUGCCUCACACUGACUUAGCACCAUAGUUUCCUAAGAAAACUACCCCCUUUAAUUCAUUUCUAUAUUUAAAUUUGUUUUUUCAGGUACAAACUAUUACUUGAGAGUCUUCUGAACAAAACUCCAAAAGACCAUCCUGAUUUUGAGAAACUGCAAGGUAUGGUACAUGUGUAUGCUUCUAGCCAGUAGUGUAAGCAUUUCGUUAAGGGAGAACAAAAUAGCAGUAUCAAAUAAAGAUUAAAUUUUUUGACUCUGAAGAAAGUUUCAUUUUGAUUAUGUGUUUCAGAAGCUACAACUGAAAUCAACAAGGUCGCACAUCACAUCAAUGAGAACAUUCGACAAAGAGAAAACUUCCAGAAAAUGCUCUCCAUUCAGAACUCAUUGACAGGGGAAGGAGCCCCGAAAAUCCUUGCUCCAGGUAACAAUGGAAUUACCGCAAAGAGUGUGAUGUGAUGUGAACUUAUUGCCACAGAGAUUUAAUACGAUUAUUUCAGAGUUAAAUUGCUCUGAGUCGUUUUCAUCUUCAAUUCUUUCUAUUUUCUAAGGGCGGCUCUUUAUCAAAGAAGGACCACUUUUGAAGGUAUAGUGUUUGUUAGCUGUUCAAAAUGUCGCUUUCUGAUCCUCUGAGAAAAGAAGUGUUCGUAGAUGAGCGUGACCUCGUUGUUUUUCCUACUUCAAAUUUCAUGCUUCUUUUGUCUUUCUGUGUGCUUCUUUGAAAUCAUUUUUGUUAAUUUAUAUAUGACUCUUACGGCCCCGUGCGCGCUUUUGCUGAAAAGUGUAAGACAAAAAUCCCCGUAUGAGAGCCCUUCACGAUGAAGUGAGCAGGGCAGGAAAACGCUGUGUGGCCCCGCAGAAUGGAAGCUGAUACCAGAAAUCAGUUUCAUGACUUAAAAUAGUUUUCGAGGAUGUUUAGUUAGAGCAAAGGCAAGAAAAAUAGAUAGUCAACGAGGCACGUGGGGCCGAGCUGGCUUUAAUCAUCUCAUAUCCAACAAGCGCGAGAGGAAUAACUGUUUUAUGAAACAAACCCAAAGGACCAAUGGAAUGUUACAAUGUACAAAAACACUUCCGCUUUAACUCGUCUUCAUACGCGCGCAUUGUCUAAUGGCUCAUAACCCAUGAUAGCUAAGCCAAUAAAAACUCUUGAAUUGCAUCAUCCGAUGAUCCAGUUUUUAAUAACACAGACUAAUUAUCGAGUAGGGUGGCCAAUCGGGUCAGAGCGUUUGCGAUGGAAAGCUAGUAGAUGUAACCUUGGCGAAAAUAGAAGGUUUGCAAAUGGCGAUUACCAAACUUUUGCUGACGAGUUUUUUUUUUUCUGUCACGUGCGGACAGGUGUGUAGCCGAGGGUCACAGGAGAGGAUGUUUUUUCUUUUUUCCGACAUCCUCCUCUAUGCCAAGAAAAGUGGCUCACUGGAUAAAGAUCAGAGGUAUGAAAGAACGCAUAUGUUAGCGUAUAAUUUAUUUGUAAAAAGGUUUUUCGCUCCUGCAACAAAGAGAACGAAAAGAGACUCCCGGAAAACGAUUUUUUCCAACUCUUUGCUGGUGGUAAUUUAGUACCGUGUAUCAUUUCAAACCAAAAGUUUCAGAAAAGGAGGAAAACUUGUGGAGAACUUUGAGCGGCUGAAACAGUGCACAAAAAUUGGUAGUUGGGCAAAUGUUUUCCGUAAACUUGAAGUACAGGUCUUACAAGUUUUUUGCGUGUUAUUCACAGCUCGUACUUAUGCCGUCGCGUUUUACCAUUGAUCGACUGCGAACUGGAACAAGUCUUGGGUGGAACGAUUGAAAACGACGAAAACGCCGGUGCAGGAGCCCUGUUUAAGGUACGUUGUAAAGAUAGCACUUGUUCAGAAGAAUGGAAUUACUGGACCCUAACCCUUUACAACCUGACAUCAGUAUGCAUAUUCUCCAUACUGUCCUCUACACAAAUCCUAAGGUGCUAACAGGGAGAAUUUGUUUAACAAUCAAGAGCUUGUGAAUGGUUGGUGAUCAUUUCCCUUAUUCAUGUGAACUUAAUGUUUGAUUCAGGGGUGAUUUUGUAAGGAGAAUUUAAAUGCUUGUCACUCUUAGGGGUUAAAGGUUUAAUUCGUGGUGUUUUUGAUGGAAAGGAACUGCUUUGGUCUCAAAAUUAUCUCCGUUUUAUGACAGAUAACUUGUAAAGAUAAAUCCCUGCUGUUGUUCUCCAAGUCAAGAACCGAAGCAAUGACGUGGUUUCGAGCAAUUCGCGAUGCAAUAAGGUGAGACGCAAAGAUUACAAUAGCGUUACCGCGAGGACCAAACCCUUGCUGAAAAUGAACAUGCAAAAAUUACGCGCUUCUGAUUGGCUGAAAACGAGUGCAUUCUCAUGUAACAUGAGUACAAAGUUGUAGCACGCGUGCAAAUUUCAAAGAGCGCGCGCAUGCUUUCAAAAUGUCGUCUGUCUUGACUUUUCUACGGGCUCGUGCAAUUUUGUUGUCUUUGAAAAAUUUACUCGUGCGUAUUUACACCAAACUGCACUCGAAAUCAUGUUAUUACCUAUACUAAUAGUCCCUUUUCAUAUGACCAUCCAUGAGCAAUAAUUUUUGGGAAUUCCAACGCUUUUCGCUUGCGUGUCAUAAAACCAAAACUACAGUAAGCAACACGGCCAAUAAGAAGGGGAAAUGUCUUUAACAGCAAAUGAGAACUCUAAGUAACAAGUCGUGAUUUCUUCUAGUUUUGUUCUGAUUGGCAGAAAGUGUGGCGCGAGUUUUCUUAACUAAGUGAAGUAAAGUAAAAACAAAGCUUCCCGAGUUACUCUCGACACUCAUUAAAAAUUCUUCUCUUUUGGAAACAUUGUUAAUCGAUAUUCAUUUUCUGCAGUGACCUCAAGAGCUGCCGGGCCUCCUUAAGAAAGCCGAAUAGAGAAGAUUACGAACUUCCGAAGCGAUCUACUCCUUUGACUCGAUCCGUGGCGAAAAAGGCGCGUUUAGGAUUAAGUAUCAUCCGACAGGUACCGUAACCUUAUGAUUUCUUUUGGUUUGAGAUGAUUUCCAUGAUUAAGUGCAUUCGAAAAGCAAGCCAGGGGGCAGUGAUGAAAUGGCCAAAUCUGAAAGUCUGGGGGAGGGGGAGGGGAGAGCUGACGAAAGAAAGUGGUGGAAUACGCGGGCUAUGGUUGACGGGUGGUUACAAAAAAUCGAAGGGGAGGGGUAGGUGUGCACUUGCUUAGAUACUGAUGUUAAUCUAUUGUAACAAACAUAGAGAUAUGAUAAUGACAAUGAUAAUUGAGAAUGACGGUGAUGAUGAUGAUGUUCGUUUUUACAUUGAGAUUAAACAAAAGAAGGAAAGCUCAGGUAUGGGUUACUUUCGUGUGAUAAUUGAAUCGUGCAAUAAAGCCAAAUGAUAAAAGGAAGCUUUUUGUUAGGUUCUUCAUGUAUUUAAUUCUGUUUGACCCAUACAAUUUAUCACUUAUGAUUUCCACGCAUAUGUGCAGGAUUCGGCCGCUGCUGAUUGUGCCAGUCCUGCAGUAUGCAUCAAAGACAGCCUUUACCCGCUGAGGAAAGAGCUGCUGAACAAGCCAACGCCUUCUCGGUCGACAAAACCAGGCGCUCGAAAAAUGCCUAAGAAUGGGAGAACGCCAAGCAGCACACCGAUAACACGAGCUCGAAGUAAAGAGACUGUAAUUAACUCUCCGUGGCUGAUUACUGAUGGUGCAGCAGAUGAUAAAAAGGCGAAUAACAAUUGUGCAAACACAGAUGAACUUAAAAAAAAAUAUUGCGGGGAAACGAGAGAGAUGAAAGAAACUGAGGGUGGUGCGAGCGCUGUGCAGAGCUGCAUAAAGACGCGUGGACAGAAGAGGAAAUUUCCUUUGAAAGAGAAUCUAGAUGUCGAUGUAAGUUUAUUUGUUCAGUUUCUACGUUCUGUGGACCUACAUUUACAAAGGCGAGAGUUUUUGAUGGAAAAAUAUGGCAGCUUGUUUCCUUGUUCCAUCGCCCAAAAUUUAACCAGCUAGUUUUUUAAACAUAAACUUGUUUUGCCACCAAGAUGAAAUGUGUUACCUAGCAUUUGUGCAUUUUGAACAACUCAUCUUUAAUAUCAUCAGAUUUCUUGUUAUGAGUUAUUCCUCGUUGAAUUACUUUUGGAUUUUUGUUCUUGCUUUUUUUUUAAGCUCUUCUCACCGAAUGAGGCGGCCAAGAAGCGUUGCCUCCGACCCAAACUGACCGAAAUGUCUUGUGUCCAUGCAGUUGAGUCACCUCUUAGGAGGUAGGAACUUCCCGUGUCUGCCAAAUGAAUUUAUUCAAGGAGAAGUUUACGGUUUUACUAGUAAUUGUUACCUUGCGGAACGUUGAAAGGUUGUGUACGUCUUGUAACCUCUUGUGAAGCAAUAGACCUGUAGCAGCUUUUGAUUUUAUAACUGAGCGUUUUUCGAUUGAGUGUCGUGAAAGCGAAAUAAGAGUUAUUACAGCGACCAAUCAGAACACAGGAAAAAAAACCCUGAAGAACCAAUGAGAGCUCAAAGUAAAACAAGCAAAGCGCGGGAAAAAACGGAUAACCAAUUCGUGAUUGGUGCUAAAUUUGCAUCUAAUUGGUCGAUAGAGUGGCGCUUCUUCUCUGGACCAAUCAUGCGCAAAGUAAAGCAGAACCAACGCAAUCCCAGAUGUCUUUCGACACUCGUUUGAAAACUGCUCUACACUCAACAGAAAAUAACGCUGAUUAAAUUUACAAAACCGUUCUCAUAUUAGAAUUUUAAGGUUUUAAGUUCUUUUGUAAGGAAUUAUUUUCUCUUUGUGUAGUGCCUUUGACCACGUGAAGCAAACGCCAGCUAAACUCAGAACAACAAAGUACGUGGUGGAGGAUGAGGAUCUCGUGCAGUCCACAGCUUGUGUUGUUAUGUGAAACAAACUUAAUUGAAGCCGGCUAUUUUGGCCAGCCAUUGAUGUUUUCAGAACGACGCGGUUAUUCGUGUUUAGCGAUACAAGCAUACGUGACUUUAGUACGGUAGAAGUUUCAUUUUCUUUUGGGGUUCGGUUUUAGUUAUUUACUAAAGUCAGUUGUAAAAAUGAUAUCUCGAUCAAAUUUUGUUGUAAAAAUGGAAUGUCCUCUUUCGAGGAACUGGGGGCCUCACGAUUGUAAACCUGAUUUUAUCUUGUGAGAUUGUGAAAUGACUUUUAGUUAUUUACAAUAAGGUAGAAAUUACAUGGGAUUUUUUUCUUUUACCAGCUUACGUGCAAAUAUUAGAUAGUGCAAUACUGACAAUCAACUGAUUGUCGAAAGUUAUCCGGGCUUGCUCGGUGUUUCAUAACUUUGCUAUGUGAUUGGUCCAGAAAACUCGUGACUUGAUCACCUGCGUUUUCCGCGCUUCAAGCAGUUUGCGUAAUUUCAAUGUGAGUUCUCAUUGGCUAAUGAUAAUGCAAAGCUUUAUUUUAUUGGUCGCUGUGGUUACUUUAGUUUUUCGCCACUCAUUCAAAGACUACACCAAUGGAAACAACGUAUCAUUAAUUAGUUCUACUUAUUUUGUGUGAUUUUCUGAGCUUAAGGCCUGAAAUCACUAAGAGAUCAAAAACUUUAAUCCAGCGAAAGGACCAUUUAGUAAAUUAUGAACGUAAUAGCACC